AGGUUCGCAGAGGCCCGAGGUCUGGGCGGCGCGGCCCGGGACAGAACCAGGGGGAGGGAGCGCGGUUCCCCGCCCAGGGGCGGGUCUGGGGAGCUGGGUUUGCGGGGCGCAGGGCCAGGCCCGGCCCGGCCCAGGGCGGAGCUGCUCUCCGGAUCCCAGGCGGGGCCGGGAGCUGGCACCGCCCACGCGCGCCGCCCGGGCCCAGGAGUCUCAGCGGUGUGGCCAUGGGGCGGCUGGUGGCCCUGGGUUUGCUGGGCAUCGCGCUGGCACUGCUGGGCGAGAGGCUGCUGGCGCUCAGAAAUCGACUUAAAGCCUCCAGAGAAAUUGAAUCCAUAGACCUUCCAAACUGCCACCUAAUUAAAGGAAUUGAAGCUGGCGCUGAAGAUAUUGACAUUCUUCCCAAUGGCCUGGCUUUCUUUAGCGUGGGUCUUAAAUUUCCAGGACUCCACAGCUUUGCACCAAAUAAGCCCGGAGGCAUACUGAUGAUGGAUCUCAACGAAGAGAAAGCCAGGGCACUAGAGUUAAGAAUCAGCCGAGGGUUUGAUUUGGCUUCAUUUAAUCCACAUGGCAUCAGCACGUUCAUAGACACCGAUGACACGGUUUAUCUCUUUGUUGUAAACCACCCUGAAUUCAAGAAUACUGUAGAAAUUUUUAAAUUUGAAGAAGAAGAAAAUUCUCUGGUGCACCUGAAAACGAUCAGACAUGAGCUUCUUCCCAGUACAAAUGAUGUCAUAGCUGUUGGACCAAUGCAUUUCUACGCUACCAAUGACCACUACUUCUCUGAUCCUUUCUUAAAGUAUUUGGAGACAUACUUGAACUUACACUGGGCCAAUGUGGUUUACUAUAGUCCAAAUGAAGUUAAAGUAGUAGCAGAAGGAUUUGAUUCAGCAAAUGGGAUCAAUAUUUCACCUGAUAAAAAGUACAUCUAUGUGGCUGACAUAUUGGCUCAUGAAAUUCAUGUUCUGGAAAAACAACCGGAUAUGAAUUUAACUCAAUCAAAGGUACUCCCAUUGGAUACCCUGGUGGAUAAUUUAUCUAUCGACCCUUUCUCGGGAGACAUCUGGGCCGGCUGUCAUCCUAAUGGCCAGAAGCUAUUCGUGUAUGACCCGAACAACCCUCCCUCAUCAGAGGUUUUGCGCAUCCAGAACAUUCUGUCGGAGAAGCCUACAGUGUCUACAGUUUAUGCCAACAAUGGAUCUGUCCUCCAGGGGAGUUCUGUGGCUUCAGUUUACGAUGGCAAGCUGCUCAUCGGCACUUUAUACCACAGAGCCUUGUACUGUGAACUCUAAGUUGUAGUUUUGGUAUGUAAGUGUGAUAACCUCUAACAAUUAAUUUUCUAUGAAUUGCUCAUUUUGAGGGAAUUUAACCAGCAAUAUUGACCCAGAUCUGUAUUACGUAUAUAGUUAAUUUUAUUAUUUCAGCAAGGAAAGUCUCCAAUUCUUAUAGCAUUUUUAACACAAAAGGAAAGUGAAGUUUUUUUUUAAUGUCAGACGAGGGAGAGAAAAGAAAACUGCCUUCCUGUAAAGUGAGCACACUUUGCCCAAAAUGAGCGUCACUUUGCCUUACAGCUACAGAACAGGAGUCCGCUGACACAGGACGGGUUGUUUCCUAAAAAUGUUAAGUGACCUCAGCUCCCACCUUAUGACUACUGUGAGCAUUCAGAACUACUGACAGAUAAUGUUUUGAAGUUUUGUAUUUACAUCUUUGUUUACUAUUAAACAGGUGAAAUUAUAUUAAAGACUAACUGAAAUCCAA